CGAAGGUCUUUGCAAUGAGAGUGCAAAAUAUCUAUUUAUAAGGCUCCUAAAGCCACAAGUUGUGACUUUUGAUAGUCUGCAACGAAGCAAACAGCAACAAGCAUGAGCAAAUUCGAAUCCAGUUACCAUGAGAUUCUACUUCUUGACAUCGGCAAAGCCGCCCGAAGGAGGUGGAGAAUUGCCUUUGCAGUAAUAUCCUCAAUUCGGGCCAUGCUUUCCCUAGCAGUGUCAAGAAGAAAAGAUCAUUGCAGUUUAAUCAACUGUGAGAUCUUGGAGGAAGGUUCAUACGAGGAACAGAUAGUCUACACCAAAGAUGAUCAGAAGAAGCUGAUUGAAAUGGUAAAGAACACAAACUUGGAAGCUUACUGUGAGCAUGGGAAAGCUCCAGCCAUUGCUAAGUCUCUAGGAACAAAUCCAGAGAAGGGAAUCAAGGAUAAUGAUGAUGUUGUGAAUGAACGACGUCAAGUAUUCGGUUCGAAUACUUACCACAAGCGGCCUCCCAAGAGUUUCUUUCAUUUUGUGGUGGAAGCUUUCAAGGAUACCACCAUUGUCAUUUUACUUAUAUGUGCGGCUCUGGCACUUGGGUUUGGAAUAAAAGAACAUGGAGGACAAGAAGGAUGGUAUGAAGGCGGGAGCAUAUUUGUAGCUGUUGCGCUGGUGGUUGUUGUUUCAGCCAUCAGCAACUUCAGACAGGAGAUUCAAUUCGAGAAGUUGUCAAAAAUAAGUAACAACAUCAAAGUGGAGGUAGUGAGAGAUGGAAGACGCAUAGAAGUUUCCAUCUUCAAUCUAGUGGUUGGAGAUGUCGUGGUUCUAAACCUUGGGGACCAAAUUCCAGCAGAUGGGUUGUUCUUAAGUGGUCAUUCAUUGCAGGUGGAUGAGUCAAGCAUGACAGGAGAGAGCGAUCAUGUGAUACUCAAUUCAACGGAGAACCCCUUCUUGUUGUCUGGAACAAAAGUAGUAGAUGGCUAUGGUCAAAUGCUGGUGACAUCAGUGGGAAUGGACACAGCCUGGGGCGAGAUGAUGAGCUCGAUAUCUCGAGAUUCUGAGGAGCAAACACCACUGCAAGUUCGUCUUAACAAAUUGACCACUACUAUAGGAAAGGUAGGCCUCUCAGUCGCCUUCAUAGUCCUUGUUGUCAUGUUGGCGCGCUAUUUCACAGGAAACACAACCGAUGAUUUUGGGAACACAGAGUACAAUGGUCGAAAAACAGACGUAGAUGAUGUGAUCAAUGCAGUUACCCGUAUAGUUGCUGCUGCAAUUACCAUAGUAGUUGUUGCAAUCCCUGAAGGCUUGCCAUUGGCUGUUACAUUAACACUCGCUUAUUCUAUGAAGAGAAUGAUGGCAGAUCAGGCAAUGGUGAGGGAACUUUCUGCUUGUGAAACGAUGGGAUCAGCAACUGUGAUUUGCACGGACAAAACAGGAACUUUGACAUUAAACAAAAUGAAAGUUACAAAAUUUUGGCUCGGCCAAGAGUUCAUUGAGGAAGAAAACCCUUCCCACACCAUAGCAGAGACUGUUAGUGAGUUGAUAAAUCAAGGAGUUGGCUUGAACACAACUGGUAGUGUCUAUCAACCUUCUCCGGAAUCCGAAAUUGAAAUCUCUGGUAGUCCAACUGAGAAAGCCAUUCUCUCUUGGGCGGUCUCAGAAUUCAGUAUGGACAUGGUAAAGUUGAAAAAUGCAUAUUCCAUUCUUCAUGUGGAAACCUUCAAUUCAGAGAAGAAAAGAAGUGGGGUUUUGGUGAGAAAAUUGGCUGAUAACACAAUCCAUCAGCAUUGGAAAGGAGCUGCUGAGAUGAUACUCUCAACGUGUUCUAGUUACAUUGAAAGAAAUGGGAAAACAUAUCCCUUAGAUAACGAAAGCCGAAGAAAACUUGAGAUGAUAAUCCAAGGAAUGGCAGCAAGUAGCCUAAGAUGCAUUGCCUUUGCUUAUAGACAAAUCUCAGAAGAGGAAAAAAAUAGCAUGCCAACUGCCUCAGACGUGAAAGAAGACGACUAUAUAUUAAUGGGAAUAGUUGGCAUGAAAGACCCAUGUAGAAAAGGGGUGAAGAAAGCUGUGGAAACAUGUAAAUCAGCUGGAGUUUCCAUUAAAAUGAUCACAGGUGACAACGUUUUCACAGCAAAAGCUAUAGCCACAGAAUGUGGAAUACUAGAUUUGGACCACAACACCGCAUGCAGAGGAGAAGUAAUAGAAGGUUCUGAAUUCCGAAACUACUCAAGUGAAGAAAGACUGCAGAGGGUUGAUCAAAUCAAGGUGAUGGCAAGAUCCACUCCAUUUGACAAGCUUUUGAUGGUUCAAUGCUUGAAACAGAAAGGCCAUGUCGUAGCAGUAACUGGAGACGGCACAAAUGACGCACCUGCUCUAAAAGAGGCUGACAUUGGACUUUCCAUGGGCAUUGAAGGCACUGAGGUUGCAAAGGAGAGUUCAGACAUCGUUAUCUUGGAUGAUAACUUCACUACAGUAGUCACAGUCUUGAGGUGGGGAAGAUGUGUAUAUAACAAUAUCCAGAAAUUCAUCCAAUUUCAAUUGACAGUCAACGUAGCAGCUCUCACAAUUAACUUUAUAGCAGCAGUAUCAGCAGGAGAGGUUCCCUUAACAGCAGUCCAAUUGUUGUGGGUGAACCUCAUAAUGGAUACACUGGGUGCUCUUGCACUUGCUACUGAAAGACCAAAUGAUGAACUAAUGCACAAGCCUCCAGUGGGAAGAACAGAACCCCUAAUAACAAAUAUUAUGUGGAGGAACCUUCUAGCCCAAGCUUUAUAUCAAAUAGCAAUACUCCUAAUUUUCCAGUUCCAAGGAAGCAACAUCUUCGAUGUAAGUGAAAUGGUAAACGAUACACUAAUCUUCAACACUUUUGUCCUCUGCCAAAUCUUCAACGAGUUCAACUCAAGGAAACUAGAGAAACAGAACGUCUUUGAAGGCAUUCUAAAGAAUCAUCUAUUUCUAGGAAUUGUGGGAGUAACGGUUGUUCUACAGGUCAUCAUGGUAGAAUUCCUAAAGAAAUUUGCAAAUACAGUGAAUCUAAAUGGCUGGCAGUGGGGACUUUGCAUUGCUAUUGCAGCUGUUUCUUGGCCUAUUGGUUGGAUUGUCAAACUCUUGCCCGUUUCUGAUAAGCCUUUCCUUAGCUACUUCAAGUGUUUUAAGGGCUGAUCAGUUAACCAAAUCCUUAGCCUAUUUAUUACUGCAGUGGUAUUCUACAACUCAUUUUAUCAGCUCCCCGAUGAACAAAGAAUCCAUCAGAGAGACAUAGAGUUCAAAUGGAUUCUAAGCGAUUGGGAAGAGGCGACUUCAUUCAUUCAGAGUACAAAAUCAUCUAUCAAGAAAUCCUUAAAUGAAAUAUUACGUUGCCCUUCAAACAGCAGGGAUUGAAUUUUGGAAAACUAUAAGCAUCUAGUAUGAGCAUUGCAAAAUGCAGUAUAGUUCACUUGAAUUUGUUCUAGGUAUAGUGGAUUGACAAUUAUCAUUAAGGAUUUGCUACUUGUAUGGCUUGAAAUUUGAAUUGUUUCAAAAUAAACACAAAUACUGUUCUUA